AUGGAAGAUCCAUCAGAUGAAGAUACGAACUAUAGGCCUGCGGUUCGUAAGAAGCUGGUAGUGGUAGGAGAUGGGGAAUGUGGUAAAACUUGUUUAUUACACCGAUAUACACACAAUCAGUUUCUACCUGAAAUGUACAUACCUACAGUAUUUGAUACCUGUGUUCAUGAGACAACUUACAACGAUAAACAGGUGGAAUUGGUUUUACACGACACAGCUGGACAAGAAGAUUUCGAAGUGUUACGUCCCUUGAGUUAUCCCGAUUCAGACGUUAUUUUAUUAUGUUUCUCCGUCGACAAUGCGGACAGUUUACAAAAUGUCGCAGAACGUUGGGCACCGGAAAUACGUCACUAUUGUGGAAAUGUGCCAAUAAUUUUAGUCGGUAAUAAAAUUGACCUUCGAUGUGAUGUGACCAAUGGAAUUUUCACAAACAAAUUAAGAUAUAUAAGUUAUGAAGAAGGGAACAGUAUAGCGCGUCGAAUUGGGGCUGAUGUUUAUUGUGAGUGCUCCGCGAAGUACAAUAGCUCAGUGACUGAGAUAUUCGAACAAGCAUUACGAUUAGCAAUGUUGAAUACACGUCGUAAGAAACGCUAA